AUGCUACCCGCUUCCGCAUCGCCAACCGCCCUGCUGCUCAUCGACAUCCAGCAGGGCAUGAGGCACGCGUCGCACUGGGGCCCAGAGAGAAGCACACCAGAGUUCGAGUCGAACGUCGGAUCCGUGUUGCAAGCCGCUCGCGUGUACAUCCAAGGCCGGCCAGACAAGCCCAUCCUCAUCAUCCAUGUCCACAACCACUCCGCGAGACUGACUUCACCGCUGCACCCGACGUAUAUAUUCCCGGACGGCGUCGCGCCGAUGGACGUCGCAGCCCCCGUUGCCCCGGAGCCGGUGCUCGUCGAGGGCGUCAACUCAGCCUUCAUAGGGACCGAUCUGGAGAUGCGAUUAAGAGCGUUCAAGACGGAGCAGCUGGUCGUCCUUGGGCUGAGCACCGACGAGUGCGUGAGUACAACUGUGAGAAUGGCGGCCAAUUUGAAGGUUCUUGAACGGGAUGCCGCUGGGAGCCGGGUCGAGAGCAGGAUAGUUUUGUUGAGCGACGCCACGGCCGCUUGGGCGAAAGGCGGGUUCGGCGCCCGGAACAUUCAUGAGGUUCACCUUGCAAGUCUAAAUGGCCAGUUUGCGAGGGUGGAAGCGACCGAGGAUGCCAUCAAGGCCAUCUUGCGUUAG